AUGACUGGCAAUCCAUCUAAGAGGCUUGCCUGGAGCGACUAUGACUUUGAUUCAAAGCACAGACAAGAUCCUGAAGAUUACCACAAGGCCCACACGCAGAAAUCAAAAGAAAAUGAAAGGAGAGUGGCAGUCAGUCAGUGGGACAUGGAUGUACAACCCCUCAUUUCAUCUUCAAAAUGGCUUCAACUUCAUGGGCUCAAAAGAAACAAAUUGUCCCUAUCCCACAUUUUGUCACAGAUUGGAUUCCAGCACAGGAAAGAUUAUGUGACCACCUUGGGGAAACUUGUGGCAUCCCGGUAUGCAGAUGGCCUGUUUCCUCAAUACAAGAGAGCACAAGAUGGCAGCGUGUAUAACCUGACAGCCAAAAAAGAACAGAUUCUUCAUUUUGUGGAUUGCCUAAUGGGAGCUAUUGAGCUAUAUAAGCAGCGAAUGGAAUGGUUAACCAGCGAGAGCCGGCAGAUAUUUGGAGUGAUUCAAGAACGGUGCAUUGUCAUUGUUUUGGGUUUUGGCACUGCCUCUCAACCUGAAUUUGAUCGAUGUCGGGAUGCACUGUCUUUGGUACUUCUGGAACAGGUGACCCAAAUUGCUAAAUUCAACCUCAUUUGGGCUGCUCAGGCUCUUGUGAAGUGGCAGCAGAAAUCUAUUCCUGUGUCUGAAGAUAUUGUAGAGUCUGCUGUUACGUGGCUCUGGAAGCUCGACCGUAUGACAGCUGCCAGCCAUACCAGCUCUGCUGAAGCCCUGCUGGAAGCCAUGAGUGAUGAGGCGGUUGAAGCUGUUUAUUACUUUGCUGUGGGUGAUGUUCCCAUGGACACAAAGCAGCUGCUCCUUGAGAAGCUUCCUCAUGGCCCCUGUCCAGUCAACACUGUAUCUUUCAAUGCUAGGGAAGAUGAAACUAUUAUUUUUCUGAAAGAGUUGAGCCGCUUGGCCUCUGGCAGAUUCCAUGCUUUUGCUGAGAGGAAUGACUAUAGAGAUGCUGCUGGACCGGCACCAAAUUGUGAAGACGAUGGAAAAGGUCUAAUUGCCCUGAAUUCCAGAAAAGUGAAGAGGCGAUUACCCCUAGUAGCUGGUGUCCGUGAAGAUGUCUUUUUGAUCUGGAAGGAGUUGGAGGAAGCCAGGAGUAUAGUAGGACAAGUUCAGAAAAUUUUAUCAGAAUCUGACCAGCCUCCUUCUCAAGAUGCCAAAGCUGAUCAUCCACUAAAAAAGUGCACAUCUGACCAAUAUUUGUCUUCCGAGAAGUGGUUGCAGAAGUAUGGCUUGAAGGCUCAGAAGCUCACACUGUAUGAUGCGCUUGCCGAUUGUACUUUUCGCCAUGCAGAUGGCAUUGUUGACAUAAAAACUAAGCCAGAGGAUGAAUCUUCACAAACUGAUGCUGAGACAAAGAGGAAGGUAAUUCAUGCAAAAUACUGUGACAAGUUUGUACAUACCUGCUGGAAAGAUGGAUCUGUAGUUCAUGUAUACGUUAGUAAAGGGAAGUAUAAGCAAUAUGAAGAGAAAAUGAGGAUGGCUCUCAGACAAUUGGAAGAAAGGAUUAAGUGGCUUCAACAAGGAAGCAGAGGGCUCUUUGGGAAUGUGUUUGAAGAUGAUGUCUAUGUUCUUAUUGAUACAUCCCAGUCUAUGAAGGACAAGCUGCCACUGGUGAAGGAGAAAAUAUUUCAGCUCAUACAGGAACAAUUGAGACACAAAAAGAGAUUUAACUUUGUGAAAUUUAGUGCCCAAGCAGUGGCAUGGCAAGAGAAACUUGCUGAAGUUAAUGAGGAAAAUUUGCAAGAUGCUUGGCUUUGGAUAAAAGGGCUUGAGGCUGGAAGUUCCACAAAUACGCUCAAAGCCCUCCAGAUUGCUCUUGCUGAUACUGACACUCAAGCUAUUUACCUCUUGACUGAUGGGAGACCUGACCAGCCCCCCCAGAUAAUAUUGGCUCAAGUUCAUCUUCAUCGUAAAGUUCCCAUCCAUACGGUAUCCUUCAACUGUGAUGAUGUAGAAGCUAAUAAAUUUUUGUAUGAACUAUCCACUGAAACAGAGGGACGAUUUCAUUAUUACGACAUUUAUUUGACUGCUCCUGAUGCUGCAGAGUUUAUUGUUAAAAAAGACAUUCAUCUUUUGAAAAGAGAGAUUGAACAAGGAGAAAGAGACCUAGAGAAAGUGAAGACCUUUUAUGAUGAAUGUCUGAUGAUGGAUUGCUAUAAUGGAGAAAAUGAUCCAGAGAAUAAUCAUCACAAGCAGACACAUACUGUGUCUUCUGUAACGGAACAUGUCGAAGAGCUGAGUAGUAGUACUCUUUGCAGUAGGCUGUGCUGUGCUUCAGAAGAGCCAGAACCCACACCACAUCAGCAAACCUGGCAAACCACGGCUGACAGUCCAGCCCGAAGGAAGAAAGCAUUAUAUGCAGAGCAAACAAAGACGAGUCUGCUGCGAAUCCUGAGCCACAGUGUGAAAUCUAGGGAUGCAAGCCCAGAGGAAGGAAUAUCUCCUGAAAAAAAGAGGUUUUCUGUCAAAAAGAGUACGAAAUGUACAACCAUUUUCAAAGGCAAGUUGACAGAACUGGAAGCUCUGCAUCUGAAAGUGCAGAAGGCUGUGGAAAGGAUAUCUAAAAGUUCUCUAGAUAUGUCUUCAGCUCUUUGGUUAAAGACUCAUGGCUUGGUUGCCAGGCGACUCACCGUCAUGGAUGCCUUAGCUCCUACAGCUGUCCCUCAUAGUACCAAAUACAUACCAGUUCUGGACAAGCAUGUGGUUUCUAAAGUAUUUGAUGAGAUAUUACCCUUGGCCCAUGUUAGCAACAAGAAGCGAAUCACACUGAUUAAUCCUCAGGCGGUGAAUCUUGAUGUCUAUAAAGAGAAGCUGGAACAAGCAAUUAAAUCCUAUGAAAGGCGCCUAAACCUAGUUAUUUGGAGAGCACUCCCUCAGGAGGAAAGAGACAAAUUUGAAGAGGAUGGGCCAGUUCAAUAUAUGCAGCAUAAAGAAACCUUGCUGGAAGCUUUAGAGAAUUUGGGAUGGCCAAUUUCCUGUGAAGAUGUGAUAUUGUUAGAGGAUGAGAUACUGACAGCAUUAACAUAUAUGCAACAAGCCUCUGAUCUCCAGGAAGCUGUGAAAAAGGAAACGGAGAAAAGCUCAGAAUCACACACAAGCAAUAAUAAAAAGACACUCGAAGAAGAAACUGUGAAGUCAAAGUCUAAAACAAGACAAAAAGGCCAAGUAUUUUUGACUCACAAAGGCCAAAAGGUGAUUGCAAGGUCAGAUGUCACAGGAUUUUAUUAUUCAGGAACUGUGGUAAAGAAUAUCAGUUCUACCUGCGCACUUGUUGACUUCAGCAAUGGGGAGACCUGGACUGUACCUGUGAAGUUCACGAUCCCUGUGGGAGGUGCUAUGCCAUGCCCAUAUCUGCAGGUUGGGGACUGUGUGUUUGCCAGAAACAGGACACAGAAGGAAAAUGAAUAUUAUGCACCUGCCAUUGUCAUAGCAACACCAAAGAGGGUGGAAAUGGAUGAUAAACUCUACACAGUUCUGAUGUUCAAUAACAGGAAAGAACACUGUGUAAGAAGUAGGCUUAUUAAAAUCAGCCAAAUGAUGUAUGCCUUUUCCUGUCAGUACAUAAGAAAGGUGCAGACAAUGGACUACAUGACCCCGGACAGAGAGAUCACAGAGCCCUAUCCACACUCAUCUGUGCAAGAUGAAGUAGGAGAAGCAGCAAAAAAAAGUAUUGUGAAAAAAGACAGAAGAAAAAAUAAAAAGAAGGCGGCGGCAGAAGACAAGAGACAUCCCAGGGAGAGGACGUUGGACUCUGAUGAUUUUUACAAGGAAGUGAAACAGAGAGGAAGAAAUUCACUGCCUUGAAAUGAAGGAAAAAUUGAAG